AUGGAGCCCAGGAUUUCCAGUUAUCGACACCGUAGCGGGAGACAUCAUCGCUUUUCCACUCUCCCGAUAUUUUUAGCGAAAGGGUUCUGGUGCCGCCUUUUGAUAUUGAGGCGCUCGGUGACCGAGGUCGGGAACAUGAGAUACUGGAACGGUUGCAGUCUCAAAUUCAAGAAUCGCUCGGAUAUUGACGAGUCGAUCAUGACACCUUUCGAGCAUAGGGACGCACAGCUCGUCAAUAUUACCAUCGCCGAUGACCAGCAGAUAAUACACAAUUUAUGA